GGGUCAACAUCAUAAGAGACGGAAACUGACCAAUCCCAUAGCAGCAUCCACUCACUUCAUCAGCCCCUGCUCUAGAGACUUUCUCAUGGGGAACAUAACCAAGAGGAGAAGCAGAGACCUCGUGGAGGACAGUGCCAUGCUGCUGGAGGACAGCUCAGUCACUACGCUGCACUCUAGACUUUAUGAGGCCAUACUCAAGGAAGACUGUAACAUAAUCAAGACACUCCUCAGAACCCACCCUGUCAACCAGCCCUUGACCAUCCUGGCCAACCCCACCAGCAGACUACUUCUGAGCCAGCAGCAGACUCGGGCUAUCUUCCCCAUCCAUCUGGCCACCGAAUACCGCAAGCCACAAAGUUUGCUUUGCUUGUUACAACACGGGGCUGACACAGAAGUAAGGGACGCUCAAGGCCUCACCACUCUUCACCAGAUGCUGCUAAACUGGCCAAUCACUUCUACCACGUGGACCAAACCCAGUACCCAGAUCCAAAAGAUCCUGACAGACAUUCAGAACAAUGCUGUCAUGUGUCUGCGCAUUUUGUGUGAACAUGGAGCUCAAGUGAAUGCCCGGGUAGACAACAGCAACAAGCAUUCACCCCUGCACCUGGCCAUAACAUAUGGCUCCUAUCCAGUUCUCUCCCUCUUGGCCCAAAAUGGUGCCCAGGUCAAUGCUACUAAUGAAGCCAGCAUGACGCCACUCCACAUGGCUGCAGAAAUACUGGACAAAAACAUGAUAGAGACACUCAUUGCCUGUGGGGCCAACGUGAACUGUGCCAUCUCCUCGAGUGGAAACACGGCUCUGAAGCUGGCAGUGUGCACCGCAUCAAGCAAAGCUGGCCAACUGCUGGCAGCAGGAGUGGGCUGCAUCCGUCUGCUGCUGAGUCAUGGAGCCCAGGUCAAUGCCCAAGACCACGAAGGCCAAACAGCUCUGCACAAGGCAUGUUUUGGAGGCAGAGAGGUAAUAAUCAAUCUCUUGCUGGAAUUUGAAGCAAAUGUUAACAUUUUAACAAAAAAUGGGGAAUCUCCAAUUUAUAUGUACCUUCAGCGCAGUUCCAAUAUCAGAGACGUAACGCUUCUGGCUAGGCUACUUUAUCGCACUUACCCUUUAAGACUGAGCAAUAAGCAAGGGCUUCUACCUGCAGGAAUCAUGCUACCAGAAUUCCACCUCCUAAGGGAAACUCUAAUAAAGUUAGCAAAAAAACCUUUAUCCCUAGAGGCCAUCUGUAAGAGAAACAUCAGGAAUGUUUAUGGUGAGAAGUACAAAUUCCACCUGAAGAAACUUCUCCCUGGGAAGCUAUGGAACUCCAUAUAUACCUUCUAUGACUUUGACUACCUCUUGAAAUGAGAGCUCCACACCCUCAGUCCAGAGAAUCUCAGCAACUCAAACUGUUUUCUGGCUAGACAUGGACCAGAAAACACUUGAACUUCACUUUACAUUGCAAUGCACACACUAUUGGCCCUUAAUCCCUUCCCAAAACAUUAAAGUGACUUGCACAUUAA